ACUCCCGUGUGCUUUCUGACUAGGGUAGGGUUGAUAGUAUUGCAUACAGUGUGCCCUUGCUUUUCGUACGAGAAAUUGUCAUCUAAUUGUCAGUUGUUGGGGAAGCGAGUAGGCCUUGGCUAAACUUUCUUUUAAUUUUCUGCCUUUAGUUGUGCAGUUUUCACAGUUUUUCAGUUGUUCAUAUUUGAUAAAACGGUGCAGUUCGAAAGUUCCUUUCGUUUUAUUCAAAAGUUGAAAAGUAUGUUCAGUGGCUCACCGGGAAACAAGCCGCCCCUGCUGCCCAUCGGGGCGGAGAGGGCCAUCCGUCUGCGAACAGCGAAGACUCUGAACCCGAACUUGUGCAGUGACGCUGACGAUGGCAUUCCGAACAGUUUCGCACCGGAGUGGGGAAACCCCUAUCAGACAUACUUCAAAGCUAGUAAAAUAACAUUCGUGCCGCCCGUGGCGGACCCAAGCCGCCCCAACUUGGGCGAUGAAAACCAGAAGCAGCGCUCAUCGUCCAGCAGCGAGCAGGCUGGCCCCAUAUACCAGGCACCACAUAAUGCCACAGCAGAAGCAGCCUGGAACCAGGAUGCAAAACAGACGCCGCUCUUGGUGCGACCGAUGCAGACGAUAUACGAGGGGAAGGCGGCACAGCCAAACUGGCAGCAGCCCCGAGCCUCCGACGUUUUCGGAAUGCCGCCAGUACCCGAGGAGGAGGAGGAGGAGGAGGUGCCAUUUAACUUUGCCAGCCCCGAUCCGCAGUCCGCUGAGGCACCACUGGAGUACACGAACGAGAUUCUCUACAACGAUCUGGUGACCAUCCAGCAGAGGAGCUGCAAAAUAGCUCAGUACAUCAGAGACGCGCUGCCCACCCACAUGCAGCGCCAGCUCUUUCAGCAGGAGAUUAUCGGCCAGCACCUGGUGGCCGAGCGCAAAUUUUGUGAGCUGCUCGAAGUGCGUUACAAGGCCAUUUAUGAAUGGAUGGCCCAGAAUUCGAACCAGGCCCAGGCCCAGGCCGAAGCCGAGGCCAAGGCCCAAAAUCAGGAUCAGAAACAAGACCAGAAGGACCAUCCGAAGCAGAAUAAGCACCAGGACCAGAAUCAGGAUAUUGGCCAGAAUCCGUAUCGGCCUACGGCCCCGAACAACGUACAGUAUCGGGCCAUGAGUCCGGGACCUGCCUACGACCCAUUCGACGGUUUCAAAAAAGGGUCUCUUCUAUCAGGAUCUGUACCAGACUCUUCAUCUGGUGGUCUGCCAGCAUCGUCGUCAGUUACUGUUGACGGAUCUUCCCUAUGGUCUAUAAGUGGAUCUUCGACAGCUAGUGGCCGACGAACAUGGGGCCUGCCACCAGCUCUACAUGGGUCUCUAUUUUCCUCCCCCCCCUUAGGGCCCCAGGGAUCUCCAUUUGAGUUUUCUCAGGGCGAUGUCCAAGGAUCUCCAGAGGGACUCAUGCAAGGAUCUCCAGAGGGACUCAUGCAAGGAUCUCCAGAGGGACUCAUGCAAGGAUCUCUCAACACUGCACGACUAGCGACUAUUCCAGAAUCCCCAGGGUCUCAAGGAUCUUCACAAGCAACCCUUCAAGGACCGUCAUCUGCAGCAACGACUCCCGUGCCCACUCCUAAUGGAUCUCCAGAGGAGGCUGAGGAACAAUCGCCUCCACAAAGUACUGCAGUGGAUGGAAAAGCAAGCGCCCCAUGGUGUCAAAAUGUCACCGAAGGAGCUGCAGCUCCAUUCAAAGCUCCAUUUGGAACUGUGGCCCAACCGUUGAUGUACCAAGAGCCCAGCCAAUGGCCACCGAUUGGAGCUUCAGCACGCAACACAUCCGGUGGAUCUUCCGCCAGUGCCCAGCCAACAGGGGCCCACCAAGCAAGCUCAUCGACUUCGGUGGGCCCGCAAACUUGGCCUCCCGUUGGCUCUUUACCACGUAGUCAAUCACGAGCCCAAACACGUGCUCCACCACGGAAUACAUCACGUGGCCCACAACGCAAGUCCCAACGUUCGACUUCGCGGGCCCAUCGACAGCUGCAUCCAUCAGUGGUCCUCGGGUGCACGCCAUGGGCUCACGUGAAGGCUGCCUCAGCAUCCAGCGGCCCGGCUAAGUUCCACGCUAUAGGAGAGCACAGUCGCUUCCACGACGGUCAGCGCUUCAACAAUCAUUACAAUAGCCAAAAUCAUCACAAUCUUCACAGCCACCAGAAUCACAACAAUCACCAGGUCCCAAACACAACGAGGAUCUACGGAGGCGUUCCCGAGUCCGAACCCCCAAGCAGCAUAUUCACGGCCAUACAACCUUCGCCGACCAGAAUCCAGAUGCCACAAUUAAACGACCCGAUGCCCCAAAUUCUGGAGGACCAACAGCUGGGCAUUGCCAAUUCAAAGCUCCCGAUGCCACACGCUCGCCACUACAGUGCUCGCGAUUCCGAGCCCGUUCGCAGACCUGACCCACGCACAAAGCCGAAGGGGGCCAACUUUUAAUCUUUUCAAAACACAUCAAGAUAGCCCAAAAUGUUCUAUAAGAUGGAGAGACGACUCCUCUUUUGACAGCAAGAUCACAGCAAUUAACUACAGAAAACUACAGAACCACGAAGAUGAGUAAAUUCCGCAGUGUACGAUUUUGGAAGUAGACGCAUUUCAAAAUCUGAGCUUUAAUUACAAUUAUACGAACAUUUGUACAACAUUUUUGUCGAUUUGUGAACAAAAUUUUAUACAAAAAUGACUUACACUUUUAUACACGA